CUCACUGGUCGACAGCAUGCUCACGGGCUCCAUCCCAGCCUUCCUCUCGGCCUUGACACAGCUCACAGAGCUGGCCAUGUAUAACAGUGCCUUCAAUGGGGUUAUACCUGAUACAAUCACAUCCCUCACUGCUCUACAGCGCCUCAUGCUAGCACACAACAACUUCACAGGCAGCAUUCCCAGCAGCAUCAGUGCGUUGAACAGCCUCGAGUACCUGGCCAUCGGAAAUAACCCCCUCUCAGGCUCUCUCCCCUCCUGCAAUACCU